ACAGAUGGCGUUGCGGAGUGUGUGUGUGUAGUAUUUUCACUUGUCAGAAGGGAGCCGGUUGUUAUUUUCGUUUUCCUCAACCACUAGUCGAACGUCGGAGAAAUCUCCAUUCAAUAUCAACGUACUCAGUUAAAAUCGAUUGAAAUAUGGCCGUUAAAGAAAAAACUGAAGGAAACGAAGAGACUUUGGAGGCUGCAGAAGUGGAAUGGGGUACCGUCGAUAACGAAUUGCAGCUGUUACAAAUUCUGUGUGGCACCAGACCCAUAGGAAUUAGUAAAUACUUUCAAAUGGCCUGCAUCGUAGAAAAACUGGCAAUGAAUCUGAACAAAGAAGUCACUUCCAAAGGUGUUUGGGAUCACCUGGCGAGCUUGUACGAUCUCAAGAAACUGGAUGAGCACGAGACGAUUCCUUUCCCCAACGAAGAAAUGGACUUUGUCCUUUCCACUGAGGAGUAUGGCGAAUUGAUGGAUAGCAAAUUCAAGGAUGCUGAAUCCAAGAAAGUGAUAAAGAAGGAAAAGGAAGAAGUUAAGAAGGAAAAAGUUCCUGAAACACCCCAGCCAAUUGAAAAGAAAGCUGUGAAAAGAACAAGAGCCAGCACUGCCCCAAGCCCUGGAACACCGCAAAUCACUCCAAAACGUCGACGAAUUUGAAAACAAGAAGAUGAAUGACUUUUUUUUUUUUUACCAUGUCAACUUUUUCGGCACUCGUACAUUAUUGAUUGCGAAACCGUUUAAUGAAAUUUUGUAACUCGGGUAUUGUGUUAAAAAAAAAAUUUCGGCCGGACUAAAAAAUGACCGCCCACUUCAAAA